AUGGCGGCAAGUUUAAAUGAGUUGCUUGAGAAGAGGCGAAUCACCAGAGGUCGCUUCACAAAAUAUAUCACUGUGACAGAUACAGCUGCUAAGGAAGCUGAAACACUUGUUGCUGAUGAUGAAUCUAAUGAAAAAGAUGUGCAUAUAGCGAUACGUACAGCUCUUUCUUCAUUCAAAAGGGUUGAGGAAGUUUAUGGGGAGUUAUCAGGAGUGCAGGAUCAAAUAGAUUAUCAUGCAGACAAUGAUGCUCGCCUAAAAGCGGUGAAAAAUGAUGAUGGUGAGGUGAGAUACCUCAAAGCGUACAAUCAUAUGUGUGCUUCGAUACAAGGGUUAGAGGCAUGUUUAUCACCUGUGAAGGAAGCAAGUGAAGCAUCCGGAAAAUCUGCUAAAUCUGAGUUCAGCCCAGAAAUGUUUGCAGAAAGCUUGUCAAAGGCUCUCGCCGGAGUGAACACUGGCGUUUCUGAGACACAACUAGAAGAAAUUCUUUCUACGCUGACGCACAAGAAGCGAGUUAUUCAGAUCCCAAAAUUCAAGGGCGAUACUGAGCUAUUUGAUCAAUGGCGAGAUCUUGUGGAUGCAGAGGUUAGAAAACCUGGGUACAGUGACGUUGAGAAGACUCAUGUUGUAAUUUCAUUACUCGAUGGAGAGGUAGCAAAGUUGGUGUCUGGUUUGAAAGACCCAAGCUACGAGGAAAUAAUCGAGUUCUUAGAGAAUCGUUACGGAGAUGUGUUAGCUCGCAUUGAGAAGGCUGUCAAUGAGAUAGCUAGUGUUCCAGUUGUAAAAAGUCCCACAGUUCGAGAGUUGGAUCCUGUGCUGAACACACUGGUGGCAAACUGGAAUUACAUUAAGAAGAGGACACACGAUGACCCAGAGCUCAUCCGAUCUAGUUGGAUUCUCACUGCGUUAGUAAGGAGGAAGAUGCCGAAGAGUUUGGUGAGAAAGUGGGACAGCGAACGAAUCAAAGAAGAAAAGAGAACGACAGCUCCGUCCAACCUUCCAAUUCGAAUUGACGACUUGAUCGAGAAGAUCCAAGAUGCAGUGAAGGUUGCUAGAAGGUCAGAGUCCCUUCCAAACGAUCCAAAAAAGGAAAGAUCAUUUGAAAGGCGUCCAUCUGGCCACGCCUUGAAUGUGACCCCACAAACACAGGAGAGUACCGAAAGUCGGUGUGUCUUUUGUGAUAAUGCACACCAAUCCUAUUCGUGUCCGUCCGUUUCCAAGAUGCGUGUUGAGGAGAGAUGCGAGCGUGUGAAAGCAGCAAGGGCUUGCUUCAAUUGCUUGUCGAGAUUCCACAUGGUAAAAACAUGUCGAUCUAGGGGAUGCAAAUCGUGUAAGAAGAAUCACCAUACUUUGCUCCACUUCGAGAAAAGAAGUGGAAGUGACAACGCUGCGAGAAGUAAUGUAUCAGGUUCUUCUAACCUUACAUCAAAGGUACCACAUCAGAACAAAGUUGAAUCGACUGCAGGACUGGUCAAGUCUACUGGUUCAACGAAUGUCGUCAUGCAGAGCGGCAUAGUCAAACUUGAGUCAAAGUCUAGGGUUGCGGAAGGUCGCGUGUUACUGGACACCGGGAGUGGUGUUACGUUCAUUAGCCGUUCAAUGGCAAAAAGAUUGAAUUUGAGAGGCCCCAAGGUUGAAGGUGAGUUCAUCUUGGCAGGUGGAGAGGUGAUAGCUACCGCUACUGAGAAGGUUAAGUUCUAUCUAUCGGGAAUUCUUCCUGGCUGGAAGGGAGAAGUUUUCGAAAUUUCUGCGUACAUUUUGGACAAGCCAAGUGCUCCGAUAAAUGCUGUCAACGUGGAUUUCACCAAGAUGAGUCAUUUGAGGGGUCUACAGCUCGCGGAAAGAUUUCCUGUCCAGGCAAACUCUGAAGUGGAUGUUCUUCUGGGCAUUGAAGACACUCUCAACAUCUUAAAAGAGAAGAGAAUCAGAGGGCCUCCAGGAACGCCCAUGGCACAGAAGACUCACAUAGGCUGGAUCCUAUGUGGGCCGUACUCAACCCAGACCGAAGUCAACCGUACUUAUUGUGUCCACCGCGUCAGCUUCCAAGAACAAAAUGAAACUGAGAUGGCAACCCGUUAUUGGGACCUUGAACACCUGGGCAUUCGUCCUAAUGAGAGUAAGAACUCGACUGAACUUGAGACUUCGGCCUUGGAGCAACACCGAAUGAUGACAACACGAGUAGGAGACCAUUAUGUGACUGGAUUACCACGUCAUCCAAGUUACAAGGAUAGGAUCCUCAAAAGCAACAGAGCCUUAGCUACCAAUCGUCUAAUAGGACUCGAGAAGAGACUGAAGAGAGACCCCAGAUUAGCAUCCGAGUAUGAAGCUCAGAUUCAAGACCUGCUCUCAGCUGGAAGAGCCGAAAAGGUAUUGGAGGAUAGAGAGCCUGACAAUCAUCAGGUAUGGUACCUUCCUCACCAUCCAGUCGUGCGAAGAGAUAAGACGACGACCAAAGUGCGUGUUGUUUUUGAUGGGUCCAUGAUUGGAUAUGAAGGUGUAUCGUUAAAUGAGACAUUGCUGCCAGGGCCAGCAUUGCAGCCGGAUCUCCCAGGGGUUUUAUUGCGAUUUAGACGCCACAGAGUGGCAUUAGUGGCUGACAUCGGGAAGGUUCCUUCAAGUUAA